CAAACCGCCACCAUGUCAUUCGUCAAUUCUCUCCAGACUGCACUCAGCGAUACCGCACUCACCUUUCGCGCGCCCACAUGGGACGUCGAAGCAGCUUUGCGAGAGUUGGAGGAGCAGCAAGCCAAGGAUCCUUCGAAGAGGAACAAAGUGGCCGUCCUGACUGGUGGAUCAGCGGGCAUUGGUACAGAGAUUCUCAAGGGAUUGGCCAGGGGUUGUGAAAGGGUCUACAUCUUCGGUCGCUCCCCCUCGCGCAAUCAGGCGGCAAUCGACGCUCUCCCCACCGCUGAGCAACGCGCACGAUGCCAGAGCAUUGAGUGUGACCUGUCCUCGCUGGCCUCCAUUCGUCAGAGCGCUGGCCUGUUCUUUGAUGCUGAGAAAAGCAGACAGGGAGGAGGUAGUGUGCAUAUCGACGUUUUCGUGGGCAACGCAGGAUUGAUGAAUUACGAUACCAAGCAGAAGACGAAGGAUGGAUGGGAGUCGAUGUGGGGGACCAAUGCUCUCGGUCACCACGCGCUCAUCCAUCACCUCCUCCCAGCCUUUGCAGCUCGCCCUUCCUCCGCCGAGCCACCUCGCAUCGUGCUCCUCUCCUCGGGCGCACACGCUGCAAUCUACUCGGCAGAGUCCAACUUCUAUCCCUUGAAGGACCGCCUCGCCUCUGAUCUCGGCAAGGGCUCCUUUGCCCUCUACGGGCGAAGCAAGGCGGCUAACAUCCUCGACCAAAAGGGAUGGGAGCGCUACUUCACCGAGGAAGCUGCGUCCACAUCCUCUUCCUCUCCCAAGCCAAUCAUCGUAUCUGUCCAUCCCGGCGCUAUCCGCUCAGAGCUUGGUCGCUCCUACGAGCCUUACAGAUUGCUCCGUUACGCUCGCAUCACGAUGCAUCGCCUCAUAUGCUGGCCUGCUGCACCUUACGGCUCCACCAACACGCUCUGGGCUGCCAUGUUCGCCACGAGGGCAGAAGUCGACGGCAAGUAUGUGCAGCCCUGGUGCGACACACGCGUGGAGCCUACGCUGCUUUGUAAGGAUGAGAGGUUGGCGAGGGAGCAUUGGCACUUCAUGGAAGAGCUGGUCAAAGCCGAGCAGGCUGGCGCUUCGUAGCUCGGUAGAGUGAGUGAAAAGACAAUCGCAAUCAUAUUCGAGAUGACCUUUGUGGGUGAGGAUAGAAAGCUAGAGCUCGGACGCGACGCGACAAGGUGACUACAGUAGAGGAGGAAGCGAGAAGCCAGGCGGCGGGUAUACGCCGUCGACGACGAGGCGGAGGGGUAAGCAGGUUACAAUAUGGCUAAAAAGGGGGGAAAGGUCGUAAAGUAGGGACAUUCGGGUCGUAGAUAGAAGAUGAGGUGACGCAUGCGUGUGAGUGGUGGUAGACGCCCGCCCAGUCGAUCCGGCCUCGUGGAAUCGGAGACCGGCGCCAGCUUCGUGUAAAACGACUUGCGCGUCUGCGGUCCUCUUCGGCACAAGCUUACUGCGCAGCUCGAACUACGGACUCGGCCAUGUGAGCAUCGACCUGGUAGAGGGGUUCGAUGGUAGCCGA